AUGGCUCAAAAAGUAGCUUCUGCUGUUUCUUUAGGUGUUGCCGGUGUUGCAGGACUUAUCAUUGCAUAAAGUUGCAUUUACACAGUUGAACCAGGUCAUACUGCCUUAAAAUUCUCUAGACUUACAGGCUUGAGUGAUAAAUAAUAUAACGAAGGAUGGCAUUUAAGAGUUCCUUACUUUGAAAGACCCAUCAUUUUCAAUACUUAAACACGUUAUAAAACUUUCCCUGCUAACACUGCUAAUGCAGAUAUGUAAAGUGUUAACAUUACAGUCAGAGUUCUUUUUGAACCUAUCUAAGAUAAACUUUCAGAAUUAUACAGAUAUGUUGGAUAAGAUUAUGAUAAUAAAAUUCUUCCUUCUAUUAUGAAUGAAGUUAUGAGAGCUGUUGUAGCCUAAUACUCUGCAAGUUAAUUGAUGAGUUAAAGAGAUAAGAUUUCAUAGAAAAUUUAAAAAAUUCUUGAAGAAAGAGCUAGAGUUUUCCAUAUUAACAUUAAAAAUAUUGCUAUUACUGAACUUUCUUUCUCUAAAGAAUAUUAAGAAGCCACUGAAGCUAAGAAGAUUGCAUAAUAAGAAGCUGAAAGAGCUAGAUAUUAUGUAGAAAUGGCUAAAGAUAUUAAGAAAUCUAUUAUUAUUAAAGCUCAAGCUUAAACUAAAUCUAUCGAAUUAGUUGGUCAAGCUGCUGCCAAUGAUGCAUCUUAUAUUGAUUUGAAGAGAAUUGAAUAUGCUAAGGAAAUAGCUUCAGUUUUAGCUGAUUCUCGUAAUCAUAUUAUGUUAAAUAGCGAUAUCUUACAAAUGGACGCUUCUCUUAAAACUCCAAAGAGAAAUUGA